GAAAGAAACCAUUAUUAAUUAUUUUAUUGCAGUUGGUCUCUCACCCUCUCUCUCUCUCUCUCUCUCUCUCAAAACUCUUCCAUCCUCACAUUGUUCUUUUCCUAAUUUAGCAUGGACUCCACGGUUAAUGUGCCCAGAUGGACACCAAAACCAAGCACAGUUAGAUCACCUCUAAAAAAGCCUGCAGCAAGAGUAGACGACGAGUUAGAGUUGCAAAGCAUGGCUUCUGACGAAGAUGACAAGUCCCUUAGCAUGGACACAGUACUAUUCCCAUUUAGCACUGGCUUUGCUAUUGAUGGUCGUGAUCAUCAUCAUCAUCCGACUCUCGAUUCUUCAGGUCGAUAUAAAAAACCAUCUCUAGAUAAGAUUGAGAUGGAAGCAACUGUCGAGCUAAUAAAUGAAGACAAGAAGCAGCAGUUUUCAUCCAAUGGAAGCAAUGGCGAUGGCAUUUUCUGUACGUGGAAGGAUUUGUCGGUUACAGUAGGUGAUGGGAAAAAUGGCCGCCGGGUAAUCCUGCAAGGGCUAACAGGGUAUGCUCAGCCGGGGGACGUGUUAUGCGUCAUGGGCCCUUCAGGCUGCGGCAAGUCCACUCUUCUAGAUGCAUUGGCAGGGAGAUUAAGUUCCAAUACACAGCAAACUGGAGAGAUCCUAAUCAAUGGUCACAAGGUGACACUUGCCUUUGGAACUUCGGCGUACGUGACUCAAGAUGAUACUCUAAUGACAACAUUAACAGUAAGGGAAGCUGUGUACUAUUCAGCACAGCUUCAACUACCAGACUUCAUGUCAAUAUCUGAAAAGAAACAAAGAGCCGAGAUGACAAUAAGGGAGAUGGGCUUGCAAGACUCUGUUGACACUAGAAUUGGAGGGUGGAGCACAAAAGGCCUUAGCGGUGGACAAAAGAGAAGAGUCAGCAUUUGCAUUGAAAUCUUGACUCGCCCCAAGCUUCUGUUUCUUGAUGAGCCUACCAGUGGACUAGACAGUGCAGCAUCUUACCAUGUCAUGAAACGUAUUGUGAGGCUUGCUAAGCGAGAUGGAAGGACUGUUAUUGCUUCAAUUCAUCAACCUAGCAGUGAAGUUUUUGAGCUAUUCCACAAUCUUUGCCUCCUCUCUUAUGGCAGAACAGUCUAUUUUGGUCCUGUUUCAAUGGCAGAAAUGUUUUUUUCCUCGAAUGGCUUCCCUUGCCCUUCUCUCAGGAACCCAUCAGAUCACUACCUUAGGACCAUAAACAAGGACUUCGACGGGGACCUUGAACAAGGCCUUGGGGGUUUCAUAAGCACAGAGGAAGCUAUUAAUGUUCUUGUCAAAUCAUACGAAUCAUCAGAGAUUUUCCAGCAAGUUAAACAGCAAGUGGCUUAUAUUUGCGAAAAGAAAGGAAAAAUUCUGGAGAAGAAAGGAAGUCAGGCAAGCUUCAUCACCCAAUGCAUUGUUCUUACAAAGAGAUCCUUCGUGAACAUGUGUCGUGACCUAGGCUAUUACUGGCUUCGCCUCGCAAUCUACAUUGCAUUGUGCUUAUGCGUAGGGACUAUCUUCCAUGACAUUGGCUUCACGUAUGGUUCAAUUCAGGCUAGAGGCUCAAUGCUUAUGUUUGUGGCCGCGUUCUUGACUUUCAUGGCAAUUGGUGGAUUCCCUUCUUUUGUUGAGGAUAUGAAGAUCUUCGAACGAGAAAGAUUAAAUGGGCACUAUGGUGUUGGUGCAUUCGUUGUUGGAAACACAUUUUCUUCUAUUCCUUACCUGUUAAUUAUCUCUUUAGUCCCUGGAGCCAUAGCUUAUUACCUAGUUGGCCUUCAAAAGAGUUUUCAACACUUCGCCUACUUUGCACUGCUGCUCUUUGCAUGCAUGAUGCUGGUAGAAAGCCUAAUGAUGACAGUUGCAAGUAUAGUGCCAGAUUUCCUGAUGGGUAUCAUAACAGGUGCUGGAAUUCAAGGAGUGAUGAUGCUAAAUGGAGGUUUCUUUCGCUUGCCUGACGAUCUUCCCAAGCCUUUUUGGAGGUACCCAAUGUACUAUAUUGCAUUCCACAAGUAUGCAAACCAAGGAUUCUACAAGAAUGAGUUUGAAGGAUUGACAUUCCCAAAUAAUCAAGUCGGAGGGUUGCCUACCAUUACUGGUGAAGAAAUUUUGCGAAACAUUUGGCAAGUAGAGAUGAGUUACUCAAAAUGGAUUGAUAUCGCUAUCUUGUUUGGUAUGGUGGUUCUUUAUCGCCUCAUGUUCUUGGGGAUCAUAAAAAUUAUUGAAAAGGUUAAGCCAAUCAUCAAAGCUGUCACGUCUGUUCCUCCUACACAAGUCCAGACAGAUACAUGAGUGUAACACUCUUCACCCGACUACAGUGUAGCCAAGCAAGGCAUGCUACAUUCGGUGCCGGAGUACCCUAACUUAUCUUACUUUAUUUCUUUAAAAAUUUUGUUCUCGUUAUAUUUAAUAUUGAUUAUUUUUCGAUGAAAAAACUAACGAAGUUUCUCCUAUUUUAUUAUUGUUUGACGUGUUUUACUAUUUACUUGUUUGAAAAUUUCAAUAAUAUUUUACAAUAAAAAUCUCAUCAAUUAUUCUCAUAA